CUCGAUGUUGAGGAAAGCGUCAGACAUGUAAUCGUCGUCUUCCUCUUCAUCUGUGACCGCCAUAUUUACGGGUACAAAACGGUUAAAAUUUUAAAUUGAAACGGUCAAACAGCAAAAUCAUAACUUAAUAGUUAAUUAUUCAACUCAUUAACUUUCUGUAAUUUCCGGAUUUUUUUUAAUCUCCGUUAUCACUGUUAAACGAGCGUCUCGGAAGCAAAAUUGCAUGACCAAUCAGAAACAUUCACAUUUGUUAUCUAUAUUUGUGAAAACACAUUUAUUAAUUUUUAUCAGCGUAUUAGCCAUUAGGUACGUAAUCAUGUGGACAAGUUCGACAAAUCUAAGUAGUAAACUAAUACUAUAUCCUAGGUACCGAAAACUCUCAACCUCGCUUAUAACUGCUUUUUACCGUUAGUUGUCUUGUCUUGUUCUUCCAAACUCAUACUCUGAUUUAUUUCUUCUUAUCCUUAGUCCCUGUCCUUCAAAUGCUACUCUCCAUUCCCCAAGCCUAUUGCUAAUCUAUUCCAGAAUUUCUUCUACAAAGCUAUAUUAUCUGCAAAACACACAUCAUAAUACCUCCUCUCACCUGUUGUCCCCACGCACAUCCGAGAUCAAUCUGCCAGUCUUGUUUAUACCUAGUUUACAUUCAGCUGCUGCCAUUGCUACUCGCGCUGCCGUAUUUACUCUUCAAAAUACUUCUGUGACAGCGUAGACGGCAGUGAGUGUUUACAUUGCCCUGCUAAUUAUAGCAGCGCGAGCAGAAAUGGCCGGAUUGAUCGCAUUGCCGGUUGUGUUGCUGCUCAGUUUACCGCUCUUGACGGGAGCGUCGGGCAGCGUCAGUGCGAGGAGCGUGAUCAGCGCGUGUGACGUGUUUACAUACUCGCGCUGCCCAUUUUAAUGCUCACUUCCCUGGAAGUGAUCUGAAUGUAAACUAGGUAUUAGAACUUCCCAUACUGAAUUGUACACCGGCUAUCGACCUGACGACACCCCAUUUGUCGGUUUUUACGACAGGCAAAGGUACAUAUACGUGAGUAUAUUCUGAUCCUUUCCUAUAAGAAAAUUAAAAUAUAAUGAUGAUUGAUACUUAAUAAAAAUAAAAAUAAAAAAUACACAAGUAUUAAAUUUACGUAGUAUAUUUUAAUUGGUUUUAGCUGAAAUAACAAUGGAAUAGAAAUAUUUUAUAUAAAAUAAAUUACAAAAGUGCGCUAUUUAACUGUUGAAUAUUAUAAACAUUUCAAUAAUAAUAGUAUUAGUCUAGCAGUUGAUUAUUAAUGUAUCAAAUAUUUGUCUAGCACACACGGUCGUUGAUCAGUUUAAUCGAUCAAAACAUUGUACCUGCCCUACCUCUAUAGUUUUUAUAAUUCUAGUCUGGACCAUAUUAUGUAUUUGUGAAAUUUUGUAUUAAAUUUAAUAUUAAUAUUUUAGACUUUUAUGAUCUGUUUUUUUUAAAAAAAAUUAUUACUGCUACUAUUUUUAGUAAUAUGUAACGUAUAGUCUUGAUUUUUUGCAUACUUAUAUUUUACAUUAUGUUAUACUUAUAUUGGGUAUUGUUGUUGUAGUAUUCUAAGCUUAAUAUAAGUUAAAAAUAAAUGACAUCAGACCUAAAGGUUUUAAGUUUUUGUUGACCAAAACGGUGGUAUUCAAGAGUAAAAACUGUUCGCCCCCAUCCCCAUGGAAUCGAUCCGAAGAUGCCGAUGACCUAUAUAAGACAGUACUUAAUGGAUAUUCUGAAAUUUUAUUUCUUGUAACUGUAGUAACCUUCACCAGUCUUGAUUCCCAAUUUUUUCUCGUCUACCAAUUUCUGUAAAGACUUCAAUGGUUCAAACAACGGAUUCUCUGGGAAUUUGUCAUGCCAUCCGUUUAUAAUAGAAUUGUUAGUAUCAUGUCCAACAUAAUCUGCCAAUUCAAUUGGUCCCAUGGGAUGUCCAGCACCCAAUUUCAUGGCUAUAUCGAUAUCCCUAGGAGAAGCAUCGCCUCUUUCUAACAUCCUGAUUGCUUCAGCCAUCAACGGCAAAAGGAGUCGGUUGACUACGAAUCCGGGGGUGUCUUUACAAGUUAUAGUAGUUUUGCCGAUGGCUUUUCCCCAGGCCAUAAGUUUUUGGUACGUUUCAUCAGAAGUUUCUGGGGUCUUGAUGACUUCCAGUAGUUUCAUCACUGGUACGGGGUUGAANACAGUGACGAUGUGUUAGAAGCAAAUAUAGUCUUCUUUGGAGCGACUUCGUCGAUAGAUUUGAAUAGCUUAUGUUUAACCGACAGGUUUUCGACAAUAGCUUCCAACACCAGAUCGGAAUCCUGAACGACAUUGGGCAGAUCGGUCGAUGUGCUGAUCCUCGAAAGUGCUUCGGAUACGAAAGCAUUGGCAUCGUUGGGAUUUUCCUUGAAUGUCUUUUUGGCGAUCCGUUGCAAACUAUUCUCGAUGCUCUUGUACGUUUUGUCCAAGACGCUUUGGUUGAGUUCUACGAUGGUUACGUUGUGUCCACUCUGGGCGGACACUUGUGCAAUCCCUGAACCCAUCAGUCCACCACCGACCACGGUAACAUUUUUGAUUGCCGCGCGGGCAACGACGGACGUUGAAAAAUUUCUAGAGAUCACAUUAAUACACGACAUUUUUGAGAAUUUUCUUUUUUCAAAAUAUUUAACUUAAACGAUUAAAAUAUAAAAUUAAACGAUGUACACGGAAUAAAUUUAAUUAUGUGCUUUGGUCUUUUGCACGAACAACAAGUGAGACGGGAAGAUGUGACAUUGAACAACGAAUACAACCACUAUAGGAAACUUUAUUUUACCAAUAACAUUAAGAGAAUAUUAUUAUUAUUCAAUGUUAUCACUUUAACAGCUACUUACCAUUUAUUACUUUACUAGGUGUACUCUUACUCACCACGGUCAUUUCUCUUUAUCAUUUACUUAUUAAUUAUUAUAUUAUAGCUGUGGACAAAUAAUAUAUCAGUGGUUGUAGAUUACAGAUAAAAAAAGUUCGUGACGUGGAUAUAUUAUCCAUACACAUAUAAUAUAUUAAUUUACCUAGAUAUUCCUUGGGGAUUUAGAGCAUUUAGAUCGUUUUUACAAUUAAGUCCUCUUAGUCAUUUAGAUCCCUUACUCACUAGUAUCUAGAAAAUUUGGAGAUCUAGGUGGCUGUUCACGAAGAUCUAGUUUACACACGGGGAUUAACAAGGUAACUAAUAUUGUCUCAUGGGGAUCUAGUUAGACACGGGAAAUCUAAAUCGACGGUGUAAAUCUUGGUGGAAUAUCAUCAAAUACACUGGUUACACAUUUAUUAUCAACAAAAACAUUUCUUAUCAGUAAAUACCGGUUUUUGAUAAAAUUUAAUAAUUUCCUUACCAGUUACCUUUUAAGACAAAAUAGUCAAUUUACCUACCAAAUUUUAAUUUUAAGGCUUUAAAUUAUUUAUUUGUUUUCUAUUAUAUUAUUUAAAUUUAGUUAAUUUUCCAUAUUACUAACUUAAGGAUGUCUGAAAGCGAUACUCGGAGAUGGAAUCAUUUAAAAAAAAUCCUAGAACGUUCUAGUCCUUUUUGUCAUCCAGAUUUUGAGCCCGGCACGGGCAUACUGGAUUUUCUGCAAAAUUCAUGUAAACUUCUUGUGGUUGGUGCUGGUGGAUUGGGUUGUGAAUUGCUCAAAGACCUUGCUAUGAUGGGAUUUGGUAACGUGCACGUAAUCGAUAUGGACACUAUUGAUUUGUCAAAUCUGAAUCGUCAAUUUUUAUUCCGCAAGAAGGACGUAAACAGUUCCAAAGCAGAAGUCGCCGCUAAGUUUAUUAACGAACGAGUACCCACAUGUCACGUUACGCCUCAUCAUUGUAAAAUACAAGACAAAAACGAAGACUUUUACAGACAGUUUCAUUUUGUCGUUUGUGGUCUCGAUUCUGUAGUCGCCCGACGGUGGAUUAAUGGUAUGCUUGUGUCUUUGUUGUCAUACGACGAAAAUCAACAGCUUGACAAUUCUACUAUAAUACCAUUGAUUGACGGUGGAACUGAAGGUUUUAAAGGCAAUAUUCGUGUUAUACUACCAGGUAUCACACCAUGCAUUGAUUGCACACUGGAUUUGUUCCCACCGCAGGUAAUAUAUUUAAUGUUGAUUUGAAUAUUCAUAAUUAUUAUUUGGUUUAUAAGUAGCUUUACAUCAUAACCAAAUAUUUAUUACAUAAAUAACUCACUUUAAACUAUCAACUACCUAUCAGUUUUAAACAUAAAGUAAAAAUAUAUUUUACUUUUAAUGGUUGAGUUGUGUUUUUAAGUGACUAUAUGUAUUAUUAAUUGUAUGUUAAAUGAUUAUAAAAAUUAAAUUUAACGCUUAGAGAGUUACUAAUGACUACAAAAUUUUGAUAGAUAGUCUAAAAUCUUGGUUUUAGCACAGUGCAUAGUUAUAUUGGUAUCUUUGAGCAAUACAUGUACAAUUUAUUAUAGCAAUACACAAUUAUAUGUUGAUAUAGGUACUUAUAGGUACUAUAGGUACAAUUAAAUAUAAAUUAUAUAAUUAACAUAUACCAAUUUACAAUAAGUUGGGUUAGAACCGAAAGAGAAAAUCAAAAAAGUUUGUUUAAAAUUGGUUUUACUUGUAUUGUCUAUUAAAAGUUAAUACAGCUUUCCAAGCAUUUUUGACUUAUGGCAUACUUUUCGAAUAAAGGUUUUUUUCUCUGGACACCCUUGACAAUAAUUGUAAACCAAAAUCAAUUCUGAGUAGACUAGUAACUAGUAUUAAUUGCGGUGUUACUCCUAUUGUAUUGUAUUGUAUAGCCAUGUUAACCCUACAGAAAUUGACUAAACUGUUGAGAAUCAAGAUAUUAUUUUAAAAAUUAAACACCAUCAGGCAAAACAUCCGCAUAUUUUAGGGUAUAAGUAAUUAAUUUAGGGCAUUUAUACUAAACAAAAAAAUUGCUACAUCAAAAAAGUAAAAGCACUAAGUAUUAACAUAAAUUAUUAUGUGUGAUGUAUGAAAAGACAAUAAGGAAAACUCUGAAUCACAAUUUUUUAAAACAUUCAUGUAUUUUAUUUAUUUUUAACCUUAAUAUUUAUGCAUUAUAAAAAAAGUUACACAUUCAUAUUAUAUUAUAAAAAUUGGUAUACUUAUAUAAAAUCAAGUCAAAUAUUGGGUACUAGGUACAGCAAAAAUUAAUAAAGGAUAUUGAGGGAUCAGACGUUAUUGUGUUGAAAUUAUUUUUUUUUUUUUUAAAUCUUAUUUUCAAUAUUUAACAUUCAAUUAAUCCCUAAAAACCAAAUUAAGUUAAAUUUGUUAACUAAUUGGCAAUUUAAAAAAAAAAAAAAAAAACCAUUUAAACAAAUUAUUUAAUGAACCUUUUCAUGUAACAUAAAUGUGUAGAAAAAUAUACAAGAAACUUACUAUAAAGUCUGCAUAAAUGUUUCUGCUGUAUUUGUAUAUAAAUCCUUGUUAAACUGGCACAAUUUACCAGAACCUGGUUUAUUUUGUGCUAGGAGAAUUAUUAUUUUUUAAUGUAUUAAUUAAUCAAGUUCAUCUGAAUUAAUUAAUUUAUUGUUAUGAACAAAACUACAAAUUCUAAAAUUAAAUUAUUAACAUAGUUUAUAAUACAAUUUCUCAAAAAGAAAACCAGCCAGGUAAUCCAGGCCGAUUUCCUUGUUUUUUCAAAAAAUCCUUAUACAUAUCAUCACUUAUUUUGCUGGAUUUUGCGUCAUCUUUGAGGCGUUUUUUUUGUUCUUCUGAGGAACAUAUAUCAGGAAAUUCAAAUUCUUGAUCUCUAGGCUAAAAGUAAAAAACAAUUUACAUUAGUACUAAUAAAACGUAAUUUAAAAAAUGUAUUAUAUUUACUAGUGUAACAAAUGCUCUUCGAAAGUCAUCUUCUUUUACAACUGGUCCAUAUUUGUUAUAAAUUGCUCUUUUAAGUUUACCUAUUAUAUUAUAAUAAGAUAAUUUUAAUUUAAUUUAUUUACAUUCAUAAGUAGAUAUUUUCAUUAAAAAUCUUACCGUUUUCAAUUUCUGAUUCGACUUUAAUAAUAUUAAUUUUAUAAAUUUUUUCUAAAUAAUUCCGAAUAUCAUAAUUUGUCAUUCCAGUAGGCACUAUAAAUUGAACUACAUUUUUAGGUUGCUUUUCUUCUGGCCGUACUAGUUUCAUCCAAAAAUUUGGUAAAAAAAUACGUAAUUGAGGAUUACCACGUUGAUAAAUAGGAUACCUAUACAAUUAUAAUAAAAGUUAUAUAACUCAAACAUUAAAAUAUGAAAUUGACUUAAAUUUUUUAAAUCAUUGGUUUUCAAAUUGUGAUUUAAUAUUUGAUACUUAAUUAUUUAAAAUAAAUUGACAUACAAUUUUGAAACAAAGAGCAUUACUAAGGUGAUACUUACUACUGUAAGUAUCACUUUUGAUAAUUAUGGUAAUAAUGGACUUUUGGUGAAUAUGCUAGCAUUUAAAAUUAAAAUCAUUAGUUUUGAUUAUUGGCAUAUAACUAUAUAUUAAAAGCUUUGUAAACUAAAUUAUUUGAGAAUCGUUUGUCUAAUUAUGAAUUGAUGUACAAACUUAUUGUGUAUUUACCAUCUAGUAGACAUGAUGUUUUUACAAAUAAUCAACGUAUCUAUUAAGUAUGAAAAAUAAUUAUUUCACUUCCAAUAAACUAAUAGUUAAAAUAAAAAAUGAAUAAAUAAGUUAUUUGAUAUGUGGGAUAACCAUAAAAUAACCGUGUUAUCACAAAUAUAUAUUGUCUUAUGUAAUAUUUUGUUAAGCUGGUUGUAACGUAUACGUAGCGAGGGGGGGGAAUUGCCGCUUACAUAACCUAAAUUUUCAACCCGAUUCCUGUGUAAGGAUUAAAGAAAAGUGUCCUAAUCAUAAAUUGCAUAGAGUAACAAAGGAUCCAAACAAAAUUCAAACUUAAAUUGGAAAAAAUUAUUUUUACAGAAUGGUAUUUUAGACAAUAAUAUUUUAUCCGAAAUUUAAUUCUCGAACAUAUAGCGACCACAGAAAAGCGGAACUAUAUUAUUUUUAAUAAUGGUAUGAUAAAUGGUUAACACCUGAUAAUAUUCCGGUGGCAAUCAUAGAUAAUAAAAUAAUGGAUAUGCCUUGUCACAGACGUAUUAUAAAAUAAUAACAAUUUUUUAUUUGUAUGUAUAUUUUCUUUUAUUGUUAGUUAUUUUAUAUGUCUGGGCCCAAUAGAAUCGAUUAUUUUAUCAACGUGGGAUACGCCAUACGUCUGGCACGGUCCAGAUUUCCAAAAUGCAACAUGAAAGUCACUACACGUCUACUUUAGGCGAUUUGUUUACAAAAUGUAAACCGUGAUAACGUACUAUCAGACGUACCAUAGACGUAGAGUUUAAAAACACGGUCAAAUAACUAAACAUGUUUGUCACACUAUAAGCUUCUUCGCUCCAUUCAAAAUCUAAAAUACGGUAGAUUAUAAUAUUUUCGCCUAAAAUAUUCCACGAAAUUAUCCAUCUGAUAAUUUUGACGCAAUUUCCAAACAAUAAUCUUACAAUUUGUUUAGAAAAAGAUUAUAUUCAAUUAUAUAAUAUAAUAGAAUGGUUCACUCUUAAGUUUUUUUGGGAAUUUUAUUUCUGAUUACCAAGUGAAUGAAUUUAUUAAAUUUAGAAAACCUGAAACUAGAACACACAAAUAAAGUGGUGACUUAAGCUAAAAUUUCUUUUUAAUGAUUUAUUUAUUAUUAUUUAUUGAAAAUUAAGUAUGUAAUUUGGAUUCUGAUGGGCCACUGUUGGAUUAAACUUCCACUCACUAAAAAAGUUGACUUGAAAAUAAAAAAACCAUAAUAGUAAUUUUCUGUAAAUUGCAAAUUAAUGUUUUUUUCUACGACAACUCAAAUAGCAACUACAAUAAACCAUUUUUUAAAACACCAUCAGAUUAAGUAUUAAAAAACACAUUGAUUGGAUCAUGAACUGACUUAAUCUGAUUUGAUUUUAAUCACAUUUAUUUUACUUUUGUUCAAUAAUAUUAUUGAUUAACAAUUAUUAUUUUUCCAAUUAAAUUCAAAAUAAGAAUUUAAAAUAAAAGACUACAUAAACUUAUUAUUACAUAUGUUCUAAUGUUUAAGUUCGACUCAGCAUAAUACUGUAAUAGGUAACUGUCUGUUUAAUUUUUUAUUUAAUUUUGUUCAUAGGUGACUUAUCCAUUAUGUACUAUAGCAAGUACACCUCGUUUACCAGAACACUGUAUAGAGUAUAUCAAGCUAAUACAAUGGCCUAAAGACAAUCCAUUUGAUUCUAACAUAGAUACAGAUGACCCAGCUCAUAUAAGUUGGAUCUAUGAAAAGUCUCUUGAACGUGCUGAUGAAUUUGGUAAGCGUUUAAGCAAAAAUUGACCUACCUAGUUAAAUUAUUUUUCAUUGAGUAUUUUGUAAUUAUUUAUUCUAGGAAUAAAUGGAAUUAAUUAUCGUCUGGUGCAAGGAGUAAUUAAAAAUAUAAUACCGGCAGUCGCAUCGACAAAUGCUGUGAUAGCUGCAGCUUGUGUUACUGAGGCUUUCAAAGUUGCCACUAGCUGUUGUCCUUUAUUAAAUAAUUACGCUGUAUUUAAUGAUGCAGAUGGUAUAUAUACAUAUACAUAUGAAGCAGAACGUAAAUCAGAUUGUAUAACUUGCAGUCCGACAACAGCAAAGUAUCUCGAUAUUGAUGACACAAAUGUGCGAUUGGAGAAAAUAAUUGAAAUGUUAAGUGAACAUCCACAAUAUCAGAUGAGAAAUCCUGCACUCACAAUAGAAUUGGAAGAAAAGAGGAAAACACUGUAUAUGCCUAAUGUACCUUCCAUCGAGUUAAAAACUAGGCCAAAUUUAAAAAUGACAUUAGAACAGUUGGGCAUCGCUGAUGGUUGUAAGCUGUUAGUUGCCGAUAUAACAAAUCCUAGGGCUUUUGAAAUUAUACUCAGAAUUAAAAACAACUAUGUUAAUAUGGAAUAAUAUAACUUAAAAUAUUUAAUUGAAAAUAAUUAUGCAAUACUUCCUCUAAUAAAAUGAUGCAAUAUUUAUUAAUAUAAUUUUAUUUUGUGUAAUAUAGAAUGUAUCGAGACACUCGGUAGAAAAAUAUGAAACUUUUCUUAUGGAUUGGAUAUGUAUACUAUCAUUUUGGAAUACCUAUUCACCUAGUAUUUAUAUUGUUUAUAACACAGAAUGAUAAUCUUUAUAGAUCAUUCUUUUGUGUUAUAAGAGAUAGAAAUACAGGAUCAAUAUUGGUGCUAUACUAAAACUCAGUUCUUUAUUACCCUUAAUAAAAGCGACUGACCAUUCUCAUGUUGUAAAUUAUCACCCUAUUGCUAAUCUCUGUCAUGUAUCAAAGGUAUUUGAAAUUUUAGUUCUUCUCUCUAUCCAAUUAAAAGUUAAUUCAUUUUUGAUAGAUGAACUACACGGAUUUGGACCAGGUCGAUGAUCUAUUAUUUGCAAUAUUGUAUUUAGCUUUUUUAUUUUUUAAUCAUUCGUUCAGCAUUCUCAAGUGGACAUUAUCUACACUGGUUUUUCAAAGGCCUUUGAUCGAGUAAACCAUGACAUUAUGUUCAAGAUCCUAUCUGACUCUGGUUUUGGUGAACUUAUUCUCUCUUAGUUCUCAUCCUAUCUAUCAAAUUAAAAUAAUAAUAGUUCAGUGCAUAAUAUGUGUACAUAUUGACGAGGGUUAUGGAUUUCCUAUCAUAAUUUAUUGUACAUUAGAUUUGUCAUUUUAGGAAGUGUAUAAUAUUACAUUCUAGGACUCUAGGAUUUUGUUACCGGCUAGUAGUAUAAUUAUUUUAGGAAAGCCAUUCUAAGAUUUUGGUACUAGAGCCUAGAGGUAUGAUAAUCUUUGGAUAAUCUUAUUAUGGUAUGAUAAUCUGGGGGUACAAUCUGCCUGUUACAUUUGUAGUUAUACUAUGAUAUAUUUUUUUUUUAUUAUACUGUUUACAAAAUCUCUACUAAAAAUCUUGUUCCAAUCAAAACAUGACAAGAUAAAUUUUUUGUUGCAUUUAAUUUGUUGUUAGGUAUUUUUAGAAAACAAUUUUUUGAAAAUUCUCAUUAAAAUUUGAUAUGAUGAAUAAAAACUGGCAUUUUGGGUUAAAAUUAAAAAUAAGAUUGUCAUCGGCAAUUGUUUUUAUUACUUGAAAAUUUUUUACCUUUUUUAAAUUAUUGUUAUUGUGAAAACACACAAUUUUGAAAAAGCAAUAUUAUUUACUGAGCUCUGUUCAGGAUCGUUUUUCGUUUUAAUGAUUAAUAGUUGCAUACAAAUGCAAAUUAAAUUCGACGAACUGAGACCCAUUUUAUGAUUUUUAGGUAAAUAAAUUGAGUCUCUCAGUACCAUUCAUGUUUAUAUAAUACUUGCAUGAAUAUAAGGAACUGGAUUUAAUUUUUCUAAAUUUUAUGAAACCAAAAUUUAUAACUAUUAAAAAUAAAAAUGUUAAUAUUUUAUUCACUUUUCAUUAUUUCCAUUACAAAAUUGAUAUAGGUAUGUAUAUUAUAUUACUCGCGAGUCGCAAUAACUGAAAAGAUCACGACUGCUCGUAUAGGUAAUCUUGAAAACUAUUCAUAUAAUAAACAGUAGACGGGUAAUUCCGUCUCGCGUGUAAUAUAGGUAGUCGGUAUUUCCCAAAUUCGAUAAGUAUAAGAAAAAAUAGUAUCUAAUACGCGACAUAUAAGUAACAAUCUACAAAAAUGCGUUCUGUCUGAAAUGACGUACUUUGUCUGUUAUUGACUGAUAAAUAUGUACGAUGUAAUUCCGUAAAAAUGUAUUUAUGUUAUUAAAAAUAACAGUAUUUGAUCAUAAUUCAAACGUGAAUCAAUUUACCGGUUUCACUUUUGUACGAGGAACGCAAUUUGCCGAAUUUGGAAAACGAUAAAUUCGUUUGGGACUCAAUUUGCCAACGCCCAAAUUCCCCUCUAUAUACAUGAUACUACUUCCUCAAAUUCUCAUUCAAAACAGUGGCGAAACCGUGGUGCAAAGUAUGUCCAUCCGUAUUUAAAAUUGCGUUUUCUUUUUAAACAUAAAUAAAUUAGUUACAUAAUUACUAUAAAGUAUAACCAAUUCAAAACACCUAUAAAUUAUUACUUUGUAUCCAGUCCAAAAACAACACGUAAAUUGGUACGGAAGUUUCGGAGAUUACCGUUAGAAAAAAAAAAAAUAUAUACACAAAAAUACCGUCCAAAUUUCCGGUAUAUUUUCUAAAAAAAUUUCUUUCAUACAAACCAGUGGGUUACGGAGGUCGGGGUCUAGAGGGUCUGGACCCUCCCAAACCCUGAUAUAAUUUUAAUAAAAUGUCGUCUAAAUGAGAAAUAUCUAUUAAUAGAGAUUCCUUUUAAAUACAUAUUAUUUUUCAGGACCUCUCCCAGAAAAAUAUUGAAAAUCCAAUGCAGAACCUUUAUUUUUAUAUUUAUAUAAAUUGUUGUUAUGUAAACAUAUAACAGAAGAACUGAACAUCUAUAAUUGAAUUGUUAUUGUUGAUUACAGGUUGCCUUGGUGAUAAGGAUGAAAAAAAAUGUAAUGAGAGAUAUCCAAAUUUACGACUUUUCCAAAAAUACAUAAAAACCUUGUUCUGAACUACGAAAUAUUAGCCAAAUCGGCAAUCCGUUUUCAAGUUAUGCGCUUACUAACCAAAAUAAACAUUAAUUUAUACAUAUAAAUAUAAUACAUUAUAGAUAGUACACGGGGUGAUUUCCGUGGUUUUCAAUUUUUUAUGUAGAUAUAUUAUUUACUUUAUACACGAUGUACAUAAUAUAAUAAGUAAAAUAUUAAAAUAUUAUUAUAUUCGUUUAAAAUAAAGUUAUAUUUCCUUUGAUUAAUAAUUUUGAAAACAAUUAUAAAUAAUAUAACAAAAUUAAUAUUAAAACAAUGUAAGACAUAGUUUUAUAAUUCAAUAGUGCCUAAAUCUUAAAAAUAAUAUUAAAAGGUAUACCAAUAAUAGAGAUAAAAAUAUAUUAUGCCCCCAAAAAAUAGAUCGGUACCAAUAUAAAAAGGUACUUAAUGGAUAUUCUGAAAUUUUAUUUCUUGUAACUGUAGUAACCUUCACCGGUCUUGGUUCCCAAUUUUUUCUCGUCUACCAAUUUCUGUAAAGACUUCAAUGGUUCAAACAACGGAUUCUCUGGGAAUUUGUCAUGCCAUCCGUUUAUAAUAGAAUUGGUAGUAUCGUGUCCAACAUAAUCUGCCAAUUCAAUUGGUCCCAUGGGAUGUCCAGCACCCAAUUUCAUGGCUAUAUCGAUAUCCCUAGGAGAAGCAUCGCCUCUUUCUAACAUCCUGAUUGCUUCAGCCAUCAACGGCAAAAGGAGUCGGUUGACUACGAAUCCGGGGGUGUCUUUACAAGUUAUAGUAGUUUUGCCGAUGGCUUUUCCCCAGGCCAUAAGUUUUUGGUACGUUUCAUCAGAAGUUUCUGGGGUCUUGACGACUUCCAGUAGUUUCAUCACUGGUACGGGGUUGAAGAAAUGUAGGCCGGCGAAUCUAUCCUUCCUGUUUGAGACGGACGCGAUCUCACUAAUAGACAGUGACGAUGUGUUAGAAGCAAAUAUAGUCUUCUUUGGAGCGACUUCGUCGAUAGAUUUGAAUAGCUUAUGUUUAACCGACAGGUUUUCGACAAUAGCUUCCAACACCAGAUCGGAAUCCUGAACGACAUUGGGCAGAUCGGUCGAUGUGCUGAUCCUCGAAAGUGCUUCGGAUACGAAAGCAUUGGCAUCGUUGGGAUUUUCCUUGAAUGUCUUUUUGGCGAUCCGUUGCAAACUAUUCUCGAUGCUCUUGUACGUUUUGUCCAAGACGCUUUGGUUGAGUUCUACGAUGGUUACGUUGUGUCCACUCUGGGCGGACACUUGUGCAAUCCCUGAACCCAUCAGUCCACCACCGACCACGGUAACAUUUUUGAUUGCCGCGCGGGCAACGACGGACGUUGAAAAAUUUCUAGAGAUCACAUUAAUACACGACAUUUUUGAGAUUUGUUCAAAAUAUUUAACUUAAACGAUUAAAAUAUAAAAUUAAACGAUGAACACGGAAGAGGAAAUACGAUAAAUUUAAUUAUGUACUUUGGUCUUUGGCACAAACAACAAGUGAGACGUGGAGACGUGACAACAUUGAACGACUACAGGAAACUUUCUUUUACAAAUGCCAAUAGGUAAUCGAAUAUGAUUAUUAAUAUUCAAUGUUAUCACUUUACCAGCUGUACUGUUCACGGUCAUUUCUCUUUAUCAUUUACUUAUUAUCAGUUCUAGACAGAUAAUAUACCUAUGGCCGUGGAUCACAGAUAAAAAGAUGAAGUUCGUGUCGUUAAUAUAUUUUCCAUACACAUAAAUAAUAUAUUUUAUAACCUAAAUUUCCAACCAGGUUCUAGCGUAAGGAUUGAAGAAUAGUGUCUUAAUCCUAAAUGCAUUAAGAAACGUAAGAAACGCGUAAAAAAUUCAAACUUACAUCUGCAAAAAUUAUUUUUGCCGAACGGUGUUAUAAGACAAAAGUAUUUUAUCCGAAAUUUAAUUUCCG